GCCCUGCUUCCCCUCCCACUCGGCACACAUGCGAAACGCGGGUGGCUGAAAAAUAAACAAAGCGAAUUCGUUUCUUCGAAUCCAGAGUUUUGAUAUAAAUUUUGAAUGGGCCGAGGCUUGCGCAGGGGUGGCGCGAGGGGCAGAUCGCGGGGAGGCGGCCAGCCGAAGCGCGGACAGAAGAGGAAGGCCCCCGGUUCGGACAGGCAGGGCGGAAAAUUGAGACGGGACGAGGAGGCGGACGUGCAGGUUGAAAAGAAGGACAGCAGCAGCAGUUCAGAGGAGGAAGAAGACGAGGAUCCGUACCAGGAGCUGCUGGGCACGAUGGACCUGGCGAAGAAGAACAAGGUCGUCAGCAGCGACGAGGAGGACCUCGAGGAGGCCCAGGAACCAAAUCAACCUGACGAGGAGGAGGAACAAGAAGUUUUCGAUGAGGAGGACGAAGAUGAGACGGAGGAGGAAAAAGAGGAAGAAUCGACCCUGGCGUCGGACCCUUUCACCCUCCACCUGAACGGGGAAUUCGAUUCGUCGCUUCUGUCCGCGAUCUCAGCCGAACCGCCCGUCCUGGAAAUGACCAAGUUGUUUUGGCCAAACUUGGGCCAUGUCCAAGUCCACCUUCCAAAAGUCCAAACCGAACCGGCCGGAGAGAAGAAGAAGGGCCUCCUUUUGCUGCAGGACAAAAAAGUUUAUCUGAAGCCGCCGACUGUGCCCCAAAGAUCUUCGAGCACCACGGACUGGUCUAAACUCUUUGUCAAGAAGCAAAUCCAGGCCCACCUUCCUUUCGCCAACCCUGGUGUUGCGGAGGGAGGCCUGAGUGGGCUGCAGGGUGAGGUCUUUGCCCUGCUCAACAACUACCACGACCUGUACUUUGCCGAACGCAGCGUCCGGAACGCCGAGGAGCUGCGCUUCGUCUACUGCCUGCACGCCGUCAACCACGUGCUCAAGACCAGGGCCAAGAUUUUGGUGCACAACGCCAAGAUGGCCGCCAGGGCCGAGGUGCCCGACGAGUUCAGGGACCAGGGUCUCGUCAGGCCCAAGGUGCUCGUCCUGCUGCCCUUCAAGGACGCGGCCUACAGGACGAUAAAUAUGAUCAUUUCGAUCCUGCUUGGAGACCAGAAAGGAACUGUGAUGAACCAAAAAAGGUACAUUGAGGAAUUCACCGGGGAGCAGCUGGCCCUGCCCAAGAAGAAUCCCAAACCUGAGGACUAUGAGAUUCUGUUUCGAGGAAACACCGACGAUAACUUCAGGAUAGGAAUGUCCUUCACCAAAAAGAGGCUCAAGCUGUACACGGACUUUUACCAGUCGGACAUAAUCGUGGCUUCGCCGCUGGGCCUGCGGAUGAUCAUCGGGGCCGAGGGCGACGAAAAGAGGGACUUUGACUUUCUGGCGGGGCUCGAGUUGGUGGUGCUGGACCAGGCGGACGUUUGCUUCGAGCAGAACUGGGAACACGUGCUGCACACCUUCGAGCACCUCCACCUGCAGCCCAAGCAGACGCACAGCACCGACUUCUCGCGGCUGCGCUUCUCCGCCCUGGCCGGACACUCCAAGUACCUGAGCCAGACCUGCGUCCUGUCCGCCGUCCAGCUGCCCGAACUGACCGCCCUGAUGCGGCGGCGCUGCCGAAACUACGCCGGAAGGGCCGUCGUCGCCAACCCGGUCAAACUCGGCUCCAUCAGCCAGGUCGUCCUCCACCUUCCGCAGGUCUUUCACAAAAUCGAAGCCGCCUCCGCCGGGCAGUGCAUCGAAAAUCGCUUCGAAGUUUUCCUUGCCAAGAUUCUGCCUGAAUUCAGGUACACCCUGAUGAGCCACACCCUGAUCUACGUCCCCUCCUACUUUGAUUACGUCAGACUGCGGAACCAUUUCAACAAGCAGGACAUUGGCUUUGUCCAGAUCUGCGAAUAUUCCAAGGAUGCGAAAAUCGCCAGAGCCCGAGACAUGUUCUUCCACAAAGAGGCGCACUUUCUUUUGUACAGCGAAAGAUUCCACUUUUUCCGGCGCAUCCGAAUCAAAGGAAUCCGACACCUGAUCUUCUACCAGCCGCCAACAUUCCCCCACUUUUACCCUGAGCUUUGCAAUUUCAUGCAGGAGGCAAACCAGAAUCGCAAAAAGGGAGGCUCGUCCAACAUGACUGUGACUGUUCUGUACUCCAAGUACGACGCCCAGCGGCUCGCGGCCAUCGUCGGCUCUGACAGGGCCAGCAAAAUGUUAAACUCGGACAAAAGUGUGCACAUGAUGGUAACAGGAGGUGAUUAAAGUCUGUAUUUUAAAUUAUACAAGAAAUGAUUACUUUUAUUAGCUUUGAAUACACAAUUAACACAAUUUAUUAGUUCUUGUGUCAGGUUUCAUAAUAUUGGAUUUGUUUUCUUCAAAAAAUUCAUAAGCUUCCAAUAAUUUGAUUAUGUGUCCGACUUUCUUUAAUUGUAAUGUUUAUACUAAUUUCCAGUUUGUAGAAGUGCAUAAAAAGUAUUUUUAUUUAUUUACUAGUUCAAAACAUUUUUUAAAGAAAUCAAACUUUAAUUUUUUUAAUAAUUCGUCACCAUCACCACCAUUCGACCAUUCUAUUUUUUAAUAAUUGACGCAGAAGCUAAUUUUUACAAGAACCAACUGUUGAAAUUUAGCAUAUUUUGCAACCAAGAACAUCUCCAAGGAUAUCAUUUGGCUUUAAGUGAAAUGAUACAAGUAAAAUUUGGAAGGUUUUAUGAAAGUUACUGAA